CUGGCAUGGGCUCUAAGUGCCGGGCACUGACCACAGCGGGCAGUCGAAGGGUCAGGCAAGCCUUGGAGAAGGUAAGGUCUGGAGGUCGGAGCCCAGGUCAGGAAGAGACAUGCCAGGCAAACAGUCAGAUGAGGAACAGGUGGAGGGGGCUGCUGAGAACGGGUCUGCUGAGAACGGAGCUGAUGAGGACCUAGGGGGCCUCACGUUGGAGGAGCUGCAGCAGGGCCAGGAGGCAGCCCUUGCACUGGAGGACAUGAUGGCCCUGAGUGCCCAGACCCUGGUCCGAGCCGAGGUGGAUGAGCUCUACCAGCAAGUGCGUCCCUUGGGCCAGGGCCGCUUCGGCCGGGUCCUGCUGGUCACCCACCGUCAGAAAGGCACACUCCUGGCACUAAAGCAGCUCCCAAAGGCCUCCACUUCCCUCCGUGGCUUCCUGUAUGAGUUCUGCGUGGGCCUCUCGCUGGGUGCGCACGAGGCUGUGGUGGCAGCCUACGGCAUUGGCAUCGAGUCUGCCGACUCCUACAGCUUCCUGACAGAGCCUGUCCUGCAUGGUGACCUUAUCGCCUUCAUCCAACCGAAGGUGGGCCUCCCGCAGUCAGCAGCUCAGCGCUGUGCAGCCCAGCUGGCCUCUGCCCUGGAGCACAUUCACUCCCAUGGCCUGGUGUACCGCGACCUCAAGCCUGAGAACGUGCUGGUGUGUGAUCCGGCCUACCGGCGGAUCAAGCUGACCGACUUCGGCCACACACGGCCCCGCGGGACCCUGCUCCGCCUGACCGGGCCGCCCAUCCCCUACACAGCCCCUGAGCUCUGUGCCCCGCCGCCCCUCCCUGAGGGCCUGCCCAUCCAGCCUGCCCUGGAUGCGUGGGCACUGGGGGUCCUGCUGUUCUGCCUUCUCACGGGUUAUUUCCCUUGGGACCAGCCCCUGGCUGACACCGACCCCUUCUACGAGGACUUCCUCAUCUGGCAGGGCUCCGGCCAGCCCCAGGACCGGCCUCAGCCCUGGGUUGGCCUGACGCCAGUGGCAGACGCUCUCCUGUGGGGGCUGCUGGACCCCCAGCCCCGAAGGAGGAGCCCCGUGAGCUCUAUCCAGGGCUACCUGGGGCAACCCUGGAGGCAGCGGGAGGGGGAGGUUGAAGAGGAGGACUAGGAGGCUGGAGAAUGAGAAGGGCCUGGGCAUAGGGAGACUCUGAAAGAAUCCGGGUCAUACAUCCCGAUGUCUGGGUGUUCAUGUGGUGGCUUUUGUCUUCUCUUUUGUCUGUUUUCAUCUGUCUCAUUACUUUCCUCUUUCUGUCUUCCUUAUCUCCCUCCCUUGCCCUGUGGGGUCUCUGGGGCUGCUAUGUUUCUACCCACACCUGUCUCCAUCUUCCCCAGGACCUUUGCACUUGCUGUCCCCACCCUCUCUGUGAACCUGACAUGCUUACAGCUCACCCCUCCGAAGGCCUGGCACCCCCACCCCGGCUCUCCACUGUGACACUCAUAGCUGCACGAUGUACUCACAGUGUUUGUUCUGAGUGCCCAGCUGGAGUGGGAGCCCCUGGACUGAAGGGGUCUGGCCUGUCCUGCUCUCUGAUGCAUCCUGCGCAGCUGGGGCAAUCCUGGCCAUGGCAGGUGGGCAGUAAAGGCUGUUUCAUAACAGACCACUGUGGCUUUGCACUGCCCCCUCCACAGCCCUGUCCUCCUCCCCUCAUCUCUCUCUCCUCUCUCCCUGGGUUCCACUCACCCCCACAUGCUGGGCAAUGCCCUCGUGAUAAAGUGUUCUCUUUCCUCUCACCCCAAUCGCUCCCUGCAAAUAAAGUCCA